ACCAGCAUCAAAACCUACCUAACCAGCAUCCCAGCAUCAAAACAUACCUACCAGCAUAUGCUGGUUUUUUCACUAUAAGGUAAAAUAAAUAAAUAAUACAUUGUUUUCCUUUAGCAGUGUUUCAUAUGCUGGUUUCAAACACUAAAACAGGAAAUAAUGAUUUUCGUGAAUUAUGUAAUUCAAACUAAAAUAUAAUUUUAUUUUGAGCAAAUACAUCCUGGAAUUGUUUGGGCAUUUUAUCCGCACUACGAAUGUUAUUGCACUAGAUAAAAUAUCAAGUCACGUCAUAUUACAUAUCAAAUUUAAAUGUGGCCAAAUAUUUUGGGGGGCACUGGACAAAUGAAACAUCUGCCUUUAUGCUUUCUUGCUGAAAAAUUAUAAUUACAUGAACAGUGCUGUAUUAAAUGUUUGUUAAAAUGAAAUCACUAAAUUAUCCUGCUGUAUAAUAAUAAUAAUAAUAAUAAUAAUAUAAAAACAUUCUAUUUUAUUUUAAUGCUUGUGGGAAUCUUCCGCUCUCAGUUCUAAAUCCUUAUGAUAUCAUAAAGAGUUUUAGAACGUUGCGCGGGACUAUAUAAAGCACGAAACUCACCUGCUCACUUUGUGGAGAGUUCGGAGUAUUGUUAUCAACGGUGUUUACCUUGUGUAUUCGGUUGUUGAUAGCGUUUUUUUCUUGAGUAUGGGACAGCGACAAUCUCGUAAAGAGAAAGCGGAGGGUGGUGAGUGUGUGCACGGGAUCAGUCCCGGUGCAUCACUUACACCCACGGACCACAAGGCGGAGGUCCAUCCUCGUUCCGACGAGACGCCUGAGUGUGUCGGUGAGGGAGGCGGGCAGGAGAUAGGGGGAGACAAGGCCAAGAAGAAGAGGAAGAGAAAGAGGUUUCGGAGGUUUACCUCUUUCUUCUCUUGCUUGUCUCGUCCUAAAUCCACCAGGGCUCAGGAUGAGCAGGUGGAGCAGGGUGAGGUGGACCAGGACACUGAUGAAGCCCCAUCGAGGUGUACUGAUGAUCAGACUUCUCUACAGGACGUCGUCUGUACUGUAGAGGAGGAUGAUGAUCAUCAGGAGCCUCCUACCAGUGAUCCUGAGGUCCUUGCCGCUCCCGAUGACCAGCAAAUGGUGGACACCCAUCCUCAAGAUCAGGACGGUCCAGCCAGUCCGUCAGCAGGUGAGAGUGAUUCCCAUCUGCUGAGACAGCUGGACUGUGAGAAGAUCGUGAGGAUUGAGGAACACAUUUGCUGGAAAUAUGCCAUCGGGAAGAAGAUGGGGGAAGGAUCAUACGGCUCCGUGUAUGAAGGGACCCGCUGUGAGGACGGCCUUCAGGUGGCUGUCAAAAUCACAGCGAAGACGGAGAAAGAGUCGUAUCUCAGCCUUCCUGACCAUCCCAGACCAGUACCUCUAGAAGUGGCCCUGACAGUUCUGGCCAAUCAAGGCCCGAGCUGUCGCCACAUUAUAGAGCUGCUGGACUGGCAAGACCAUCUUGACCAGUAUUUCAUGGUCCUAGAGCGGCCCUCACCCUGCAUGGACAUGCACGAUUUCUGGCUGCAUUAUGACGGGCUCUUCACUGAGGGGAUGGCCCGUCAUUUUAUGCAGCAAGUUAUCGAUGCUGCUGUCGUGUGCUGUUCUCGGGGGGUCUUCCAUCGCGAUAUCAAGAUGCCGAACCUCCUGGUCAACAUAGAGACCCUGGAGGUGAAGCUGAUUGAUUUCGGCUGUGGGGACCUCCUGAAGAGCACCAAGUACAAAUCCUACAGUGGGACAGCGAGGUACUGCCCUCCUGAAUAUUUUCAGAAGGGCGAGUACCAUGGGAAACAGGCGACCGUGUGGUCACUGGGAGUGCUCCUCUUCCGGAUGAUCACCAGCCUUUUCCCCGAGAGCAGCGAUAUCAGUCUGAUGGACACUGAUAUCUGGUCCAAGCCAGGCUUCUCCGAUGAAUGCUGCCGCUUUAUCAGAGGUUGUCUGAAGAGCGACCCGGAGUGCAGGAUUCAUCUGGAUGAGUUGCUCUUCCAUGACUGGUUUAAGGUACAGAGUCAAAGACAAGCUAAAAUUAUUUUAGUUAUAUAUUGUGGAUUUUUGGUAUUACAGUUUGAUUAUGUGAAUAUGAACAUCAGCUGUCUUAUGUUACUUUUCAAUACCUGCAACAUUAUAGUCAAUCCACAUACACUGCAUAGAUAACAAGUUAUAUUUUUAUACCUUAUGAAAUAUGUUUGUUCAGUUUGUACAGUUUGCAAAUGUACAAUUUGUAAUUGUGUUUUAGGUCACCUUGUAAGUCAUGGAGGACAGGGUCAGCCUUGCGUCUUGCGGGCUGACAUGGGUGACCCCUCCAUCCCUCCAGCCUUUGCGUCUUGCGUGGCUGGCAAGCCAUGGUUGCGUCUUGCGCCAUGGCUUGAGGCAGUAGUUCUAGCGUCUUGCGGAACUACUCGCCUGGGGAUGUGUAGAUAGUGUAAAUAGUUUAGUUUUAGUUGAGUUAGCUUACCCAUCCCUCCAGCCCUAGCGUCUUGCGGGGCUGGCAAGCCAUGGUUGCGUCUUGCGUCAUGGCUUGAGGCGAGUAGUUUUAGCGUCUUGUGGAACUACUCGCCUAGGGAUGGGUACAUAGUCUAAAUAGUUAGUUUAGUUUUAGUUAGUUAGGUUAGCUUAACCAUUCCUCCAGCCUUAACGUCUUGCGGGGCUGGCAAGCCAUGGUUGCGUCUGGCGCCAUGGCUUGAGGCGAGUAGUUCUAGCGUCUUGCGGAACUACUCGCCUAGGGAUGUGUUGUAAACAGUUAGUUUAGUUUUAGUUUAGUUAGUUAUUACACCAUCCAAUCAUAUUUCUAAAAAUGGAGUCACCUAGAGCUUCUCAGAGCUCCCUGUCAAGCCUGUCCCACAAGCUCCUGGCACUUCCACACUAACAUGGCAACAGAGCUCACUUUCACAGCCACCUUUGGCCUAGAAAUCCUGUCAGGGCUGCUCCAAAAAUCACUCUGAAGGCCUUCAUAAAGGUUCCUGACACUGCUGCACCAGAACAGAGAGAGGUCAGAGAGAACCGAAUCAAAGGCACCACAGAGGUUACCUGACAUGGUACCUUUUGAGAGCUGCCCUGGUCCGAAAUCUUCUUCUUCAGGCCUGAAGGUUUAUACUGAUGCAACCCCAGAAUCCACAGUGGUUCCAGAGCUCUGUGUCAUAACAGCUACAGUCUGAAAGCCUCCCAUCAUGUCUGUCACAAUAGCUCCUGUCAUGAUGGUAUUGAGAUUCAGGCCACGGCUGCCAAAAAACCUCCAAUCAAGGCUGCCUCAGUGUUUCCUGUAAUAAUCUCAGCCAGAGCUGAUGUCUAAAGACGCUCCAGUCCCAGAGCUCCUCACUCAACCUCCCUGGUCCCAGAGGUUCCUGCUAAAGCUGCUCUGGCCUUAGAGGUUUCUGUCUCGACUGCAUGAGAAAGAUCCUCUCACGGCCCCAGUGUUUCCUCUCACUGGUGUGAAUACUACUUAAAUAUUUUACAACUCUGUGUCACAUUAAAACACAAUGUUUGUGAAAAUAAACAUAAGAUGUGUUAUUUUAUUGUUACAUCAGAGAGGUUCUAGAGAGGUUAAGUCUCUCGUUUUAACCAGUUUAUAUUUAUCACCUGUACAUUAAUUUAAAAGAUAUACUCAAAAGGUAAGUAAUACCAGGUAAGUAACAUCUCAAAAAGGAGUUACACUAUGUGGCCCUCAAUUUACUAUUUGAAGCCCAAAGUGUCAGAAUAUUAUUUGAUUAGACCACAUACAAGGUACAAAAUUAACCAUCAAACAGCAAAUUUGUUAUGGUGAGGAAAUAAAAUAAGGUACCUGAUAGUGUGCAUUUAUUAGAAACUAUAAUAAAGUAUAUGAAUUAAAUCAGCCUGUAAAAAUAACUUAAGUGACACGAGCAAUUCAUAUGAAAUAUAUGGGCCAUUCUACAGAACUGAUGCAAACAGCUGUCCCACAACCAAAAAACACAUUUAAAAAGCUGUAAGAAACUAUAGUGUGCCUCUACCCAGAUUCCACUUCACAAUGUUUGUUCAUGCUCAUUUCCCAAAAUGGCUUAAUUAUUAUAGAGAAGAAGAAAGUCAACA